CGGCAAAACAACAUUUGCCUGCAGAAGUGCGAAGAUGAAUGACGCGUUUGCAAAAAAAGUUAAUUUUUAAGUCCGUUCAACCUGAAAUUUUUUUGCUGUAAAACGAAGCGUACGUGUGCACUUGAAUUUAAAUUGUUCAGAGGGAUUGUGUCAAAAUUUUUGUGAAAGUGGUUAGUCCCAGAAACAUGCAAGAAACUUUGCACCCCUAAAACACUGAACAGACUUAAAGCCAUAAACAUGAGUCAAAUACAGGAAUUUUACAAAAACCAGACAGUCUUCAUAACCGGAAGCACCGGCUUGUUAGGAAAACUUGUUCUCCGGAAAUUGUUAACCACAUGUGAACCGAGAAAAAUCUACCUUCUUAUAAGACAACACAAAGGAAAAUCGGUGGAGGAAAGACUCGAGACACUCUUAGAGAGCGCUGACUUGAGACGGGAUAAAUCGGAAUUCAAAGGGAAAAUUUUUGUUAUCGAGGGAGACUGCGGUUUACCUGGAUUGGGAAUAUCGCACGUUGAUAGAGAGACUCUAGUGAAUGAAACCACUUGUAUUAUACACAUUGCAGCUGUUGUAAAAUUUAACGAGCAUUUACGACUGGCUGCCUACGUCAACGUUCGCGCUGUGCAGGAUCUCCUUCAUCUGGCAAAACAAGUUCGUGACCUGAAGGCUAUGGUGCACGUUUCCACAGCUUACUCAAACUGUAACCAAAAAGAUUUAAUAAAAGAACAAUUCUAUGAGCCUGGAAUGACCGCCACAGAGCUCUGGAAAAUGCUGGAGUCAGCGGAUGAUGAAACGAUAACGAACACCACUCCAGAACUUCUCGGUUCUUGGCCCAAUAGUUACACAUUCACGAAAGCUGUGGCCGAAAAUGUGAUCAAAACCGAAGCUCAAAAUUUGCCAAUUUCUGUAGUUAGACCGGGUAUUUUGAUGGGCACAUGCCAAGAACCCGAACCAGGUUGGCUGGAUGCAAUUCAGGGUAACACCGCCUUUUUUAUAGGCGCGUAUUUAGGUUUGAUACAUUGCAACCUAGCGCACCCUGGUACUACCUCCUUGAUACCAUCAGAUUACGCAGCAAAUAUUAUUUUGACAGCAGCGUGGUACUCAGCUUCCAAAAGCUCGCCCACAUCCAUCUAUAACUACAUAGGUUGUAACAACAAUUUAAUGACAGGAGGCAGGCUCCACUAUUACGCGAAAUUAUUCACCCAGUUGUAUCCCAGCGUGCACGCUGUUAAUUUGUACUUCAUGAUCUUCACUGAAAACAGGUACUAUUUCAAGUUCCUCCAGUUCUGGGUUCAUCUCGUACCGGCGUAUAUCGUGGAUCUGAUUUGUUUGUGUCUAGGGAAACAACGAAGGUUUGUUAAAAUGUAUCAAAAGUUACACAGGAUUUGUGACCUAGUUGGGUUUUUCAACGUGAAUUUGUGGAAAUAUGAAACGAGUAACUGCGAGAUUAUGUGGAAAGCGGUGAAAGAAAAAGAUCGGGAGUUGUUUCCGUUCGACAUGGAGGAGUUUCAGUGGAAGAGUUAUCUUAGAAGUUGCACAAUAUACGGGAGGACCCAUUUGCUGAAGGAUCCGAUGGACACUUUACCUCAAGCCAAACGAAAACAAAAAUUGAUACUAUUCUUGUAUUGUUGUAUUGCUUUUGUACUCGUAUUUGUUCUGUGGUGUCUGAUAUGAAUGAUUUGAUAAUUUUGUUUUACUUACUUUUUUGUGUAUGUGUGUUAUAGUGUUGAUUUAUUAUUUAUUAUACAUGUUAUUAAUA